CAGCGAGCGGAGGCGGGAGGCACACCCGCCGCUGAGCCGGGCAGAGAGGCCGCCGCAGGCCCCGGCUGAGACCCCGCCAUGACCUGGAGCGCCUCGGCGCGGGGCGCGCACCAGCCCGACAACACCGCCUUCACGCAGCAGCGCCUCCCCGCCUGGCAGCCGCUGCUGUCGGCCGGCAUCACGCUGCCGCUCUUCUUCUGCGCCGGCCUGGCGUUCAUCGGCCUGGGCCUGGGCCUCUUCUACUCCUCCAACGGCAUCAAGGAGCUGGAGUACGACUACACCGGCAACCCCGGCACCGGCAACUGCUCGGUGUGCGCCGCCGAGGGCCAGGGCCGCGCGCCGCCGCCCAGCUGCCGCUGCGCCUGGAGCUUCACGCUGCCCGAGCUCUUCCCGGGACCCGUGUACCUCUACUACGAGCUGUCCAACUUCUACCAGAACAACCGGCGCUACGGCGUGUCCCGCGACGACGCGCAGCUCAGCGGCCUGGUCAGCGCGCUGCGCCACCCGGCCAACGAGUGCGCCCCCUACCAGUACAGCUCCGACGGCCUGCCCAUCGCGCCGUGCGGCGCCAUCGCCAACAGCCUCUUCAACGACUCCUUCUCGCUAUGGCACCAGCGCCAGCCCGGGGCCCCCUUCGUCGAGGUGCCGCUCGACCGCACCGCCAUCGCCUGGUGGACCGACUACCACGUCAAGUUCCGCAACCCGCCGCUGGUGAACGGCAGCCUGGCGCUGGCCUUCCGCGGCACGGCGCCGCCGCCCAACUGGCACCGGCCGGUUUAUGAGCUCAGCCCGGAUCCCAACAACACCGGCUUCAUCAACCAGGACUUCGUGGUGUGGAUGCGCACCGCGGCGCUGCCCACGUUCCGCAAGCUGUAUGCACGCAUCCGCCAGGGCAACUACUCCGCCGGUCUGCCCCGGGGCACCUACCGUGUCAACAUCACCUACAACUACCCGGUGCGCGCCUUCGGAGGCCACAAGCUCAUCAUCCUUAGCAACAUCUCGUGGAUGGGUGGCAAGAACCCUUUCCUGGGCAUCGCCUACCUGGUCGUCGGUUCCCUCUGUAUCAUCGUGGGCUUUGUCAUGCUGGUCGUCUACAUUCGCUACCAGGACCAGGAGGACGACGACAACGAUGAUGAGUGAUCUUGUUUCCCAAGAACCCCUUCCUGCUUCUUGGCCAAGCCGCUUUUAGCGGUGGCCCUUUGCUCCUAACCCAACUUCAGGCUCACUGAUCUGUUGUGGACGAAGGGCCUGGAGAAGGGAGUGACCCGCUACGGGACUGUUCUCAGGUUUUGGACUGUAGAAUGGCACGUCUUGCCAUUUCUCCCACCUUCUCCAUGGCUUACCGAGUGUACAGGUCCUUACAGUCUACAGCAUGCCGGGGCAAAGGACAUGGAAGAGUCCUGGAUUGGAACUCAUUAUGGCCACCAACUGCCAGGAUCCUGAACCUAAGCUUUUGUUCCUCCCUCUGAGCUUACCCCUCCCUCAGCUUUCUGGGAGGGAGAUAGCAGAUGGGGCGGGGAAGUGUUGGGAUGGAGAAUGAUACCCACUGAUUGCCGACAGAAGCUUGGAGGAGCGGGAGGAAAGCAUAUUUGUUAAAAUUUAAGUUGAUGAAGAGGCACCAAGCCCCUCAGGUUCUGACACAGUAAGGCCAGGUUCUCCGGAGUCCCUGUGCCCUGGAAUUUGGGAAUCUUGAGCCAGGUUGGGCCUGAAGUACUAACCUGGAUUCAGUAACUUGUUCCUGUGAACGGUGGCAGUCACAGUGCUCCUCUUUGUCUUAAACAGAGAAAGGAAACUGGCAAUUUGUGGAAUGAAUGAGAAAAAUUGCUAGGUCUAGGAAACUGCAGAUCUGCAGGGCAGAAGUGCGUCAUUAAAUGUAAAAGCAAACUUAACAAGACGAAAACCUCUGAAAAUGCAAGGGCAGUUUGCAUGCCCCAGGGGGAAGUGUUUUAACCCGAGAAACCGAGCAGCAGAACCCUGAGGGACCAAACCUUACCUUCUUUCUCCCCCCCCCCCACCUUUGAAUCAUGCUGAAGGGAAUAGUUUAACUCUGUAUUAUUUUCACAAAGAACUAUCUUAAACCCAGUUUUAACUCUCAAAUGAAACCCAUUUCUAGUGAUCACGUUUAAGAUUGAUAAGGAAUAUAUUCUUAUAUGCAAAUAGACUCCAGAUUAUUUUAGCCUUUAAGAUAAUGUUAAAAUUACUUAGCUGAUUUUAUUUGAUUGCCUACAAUUGAUAUAAAGCUAGUCUCAGAGGCAAUUGGGACAUUUUUUUUUUUCUCAAGACAGGGUUUCUCUGUGUAGCCCUGGCUGUCCUGGAACUUACUCUGUAGACCAGGCUGGCCUUGAACUCAGAAAUCUGCCUGCCUCUGCCUCCCAAGUGCUGGGAUUAAAGGUGUGCACCACCACUGCCUGGCCAUCAUUAUUUUAAAACUUCCCUUUUAUGGAACAAAAAUUUAAAAGAAAAUUAAAAAUAAAAUUUCCCAUGAUACUGUCUUCCAGGUUCCCUGAAGAAAUGUUACUUGGCAUUUGUCAGGGUCCCCUGGGCUGGCUCCCUAGUACAGGUAUUUUCUGGUCAUUGGUGUAUUUUCAUUCCUUGUAUUUUCAUUCAUUCAUUUCAUUUCACGGCAGCAGGGGUUUGGGAGUGUGUUUUAUGGCAGUCAAAUGUUGAGGUGCACUGAUUAUUUCCAUUCAUUCUAUUAUUCUGUUCUAGUUAAUACUUAUUUUUGGUGUAUAUCAAAAAAUUCUUUAGCAAUUCAACAUUUUGACUUUCUGACUUCUGAAUGUGAUAAAAAUUUAAUAUCAGGUCACAUAUUGUGACUUUUGACUGAAAAGCUGAACAUGACAUGUACUUCAAAACGGUCCAUUUAUUCUGAGUGCUUGGUUGAUCAGCUCUCCUCUGUGUCAAGUAAAGGGGUUUGCUUCAUUUUUUCCCUAUACAGUUGAGGGUAACUAUUUUACUAUCAUUUUGUAGAACAUUAGUCUUUUGUUAUAAAUUUUUAUGUGAGACCGUGAAACUUAAAGUCUUGUGAUUAAAUUGUAGCUCCAGGCUUUGCUUUCAAGGUUUUUGAAAGAGAAUAAAGGUUGUGUUUGUCUUUCUCUGUUAUCACAUUACUCAGUUCUUUUGAACUAUGAUCUUAAAGGCACAAACAGCACCAGCCGUUCGCCUGUUACCUGCACAUGUAUGCUGUAGCCAGAGCGUCACCAUUCAGAGGGUGUCCACACAAACCCAGCCCUUUAUUGCUAACGUCCUUAAACAGAAUUUGAACUUAUCAUCAGCAUCCUGUGUUUGGAUGACAUGGUCCUCAAUUAUUGUUUAAAUUUGAUAAAUGUCAGUGUCUUUUAAAUUUUAGUAUGAAAGGUUAUUAAAG